AUGUUCUCUUCCCGAUUUAACCAGCCUCCGCCGUCGAGCAAGAUGAGCUUUACAAAAAGUCAUCGAGCUAACAAAUCCAGCUCGUCAUUCAGCAAAGAGUCCGGUGUUUCGAAGCGUCGACACGAUUCCCAUCGCGACUCUCGACGACGACCAACAACUGCAACGACGAGUACUACUGCUACCGAUGAGUCUCCUAACUUGACAUCCGCUAUAGUCACACUGGUUGUCGGCGAAGAGCAGCGUAUCUUCGCUGCCCAUGAACAUGUUCUCUCGCACUCGGUAUACUUUGAGGCUGCGCUUCGGGACCAGUUCAUGGACGCAUCGUCAAAGCGGAUCUCUAUCCCAGAUGAAGAACCCGAGAUCUUCUCGUCUGUUCUCGAGUACUUGUACAAGGGCGAUUACUACCCUCGUCUUGUGCACAACAAGCGCAAGAACUCAUGGGAGCUUGAGCCUACAACCGAGGAUGGACGUGCAGAGUCGACCGUACUUCAUCGUGGACCUGAAGGCGACCUCUUGAAGGACACUGUCAUCUACUGUGCUGCGCACAAGUAUGGGCUGGACGAGUUGAAGCGGGUGGCGUUGAGGAAACAGGGUUUACAAUCUGGUAUCCAGUGCAGCACCAUCCUGGCAUCAGCCCGGUACGCAUAUGCCAAUACGCCUGACACGGACUCUAAGCUCCGCGCACAUUAUUUGGCCCUCAUCAUACGCAGCCGCAGUACAUUCAAGAAGAGCGGCACAAUGCAGAUGGAGAUGUACAAUGGCGGCACUCCCCUUUUCUUUGAUCUUUUCGUCGCUCUGUGCAAUCACGUUGAUGAUGUUAGCACGGCACAAACAACACCUCGCAGCAACCGCCACUUCUUCUAG